AACCAUUUGGUUAUAGUUUUUCAUAAUCUUAUAAAUUAUAAUUUUCUGCCGCUUCCUGAGUAUCAACGUUUUGCCAGGAUCGAUUUUAAGCUUAGAACAAUUGAGCUUGAUGGAAAACGCAUCAAGCUGCAAAUAUGGGAUACUGCUGGCCAAGAACGUUUUCGUACAAUCACAACAGCUUAUUACAGGGGAGCCAUGGGUAUAUUGCUGGUCUAUGACGUUACUGAUGAGUCAUCAUUCAACAACAUAAAGAACUGGAUCAAGAACAUAGAGCAACAUGCUUCUGAUAAUGUCAACAAGAUACUAGUGGGUAACAAAGCUGACAUGGAUGAGAGCAAAAGGGCUGUUCCAACAUCAUGGGGCCAGGCUCUUGCUGACGAAUAUGGCAUCAAAUUUUUUGAGACUAGUGCAAAAACAAAUCUCAAUGUGGAGCAGGUCUUCUUUUCUAUUGCUCGAGACAUAAAACAAAGACUUGCAGAGAGUGACUCCAGAGCAGAGCCUCCAAGCAUCAAACUCAGUAAACCCGACGCAGGUAAGGGUUCAACUGCUGCUCCAGAGAAAUCAGCAUGCUGCGGUGCUUGAGAGCUUUUAGCAGAUCAUGAAGGUGCGUAGCUGUUAUUCUCUUGUGCAUGUGCAAAUUGAAAGUUGUUUUCCAGUUAGCCAUGGCAAAUUGAAUGCCCACCAAACAAUUCUUCUUUUAAAAUCCCCGGUGCUUACUUUGUCCUCAGUCUGCUGGGAAGCAGCCUGCACAAAUCACAACUGGGAAUGAGUUUUUGCUUGUAUUGUUACCUUCUGGAUACUUUCACCCUUAAGAUCUAUCUAUCUAUAUAUAAUCUCAUUUACCAUAUUCUGUUAGAAUUGAUCUUGAUUUGGUUUAGUGGUACUAGAUAACAAUAUUCUUUGCUUUUCAAGAUAAUUAUGAAGAUUUGGGAGGUGCAUAAUUCUUGUACAAAUCAUUGUUGACUA